AUGUCAGCUGAUUCGGAGACAACUGUUGACACCUUUGCCACCUCGGGCAUCAGUGACCUCCCACGUGUUCGGAACCUCGCUCCGCCAAGCCCAGCUACCACAGCACCGACCGAACUCCCUACGAAAAUACGGCCUGUUCCAACGCGAACCAGCAAGCCACCGGGAAAGGAAAUAGUUCUGUGCACUGUCACGCACAGAGUGCAGUUCGAUCACCAGUUCCCGCCGGAUGGCCUGUGCACGCUGGUGUUCUACACGGAAGCCAGUUUCGACUGGGACGCCUUAGACUUCUACGGCGCCUACGACGCGCUCAGCUUCGAUGCCUUUCGCAAGAAGGCCAGGUCAUCGAGCCCACGAAGCAAGACCGGAUACGGCGUCUCUUUCGACUACAUGAACGCAGCCUCUGUACGCUUGGCGCUUGAAAACCUCGUCGGCCAGAACAAGUUCUCCAACCUUUGGAGAGAUAACCUGUACCACUAUGGCGUGCUUCAUGUCUGGGACACGUCCAGAGGAAUAAUAGACGCUGGUGACAAGCUGAAGGUCAUCUCUGAAGUUAAGAAACGCCAGGAUGUUUUGGGCCGCGACAAAAACGGACAGCUCGCGAUGGGAUUCCAGUUUAGGUAUCAAGCCGAUCUUACAGCUCUGAACGACGUCAUAAAACGUGUACAAGCUAAUUACCCGAUCACUAUUCUGGUAAAAGUGACGCAUAUGUUCCAAACAUAUUCCUUCCCAACCUCCAACGGGCCAUCCACGUGGAAUGCCGACAGCCCCUACAAAAUGAGCCUAAUUGCAAGCGUACUGAACAAAACGCUUAUUAGCAUCGAUGUGACGUUUAUGGUUUCGUUCACAAUGGCGGUGACCCUCUGGCAAACCAUGCAACCAUGGACCAUUGAUACCCCUUACUGGCGCACUAAUACGACCACACCUGUCGAGUACGCUCAGCGCAAUGCCAAAGCCACUACGCCACCAUGGCGGUUGGUCACGGGAUAUGUGGCACUGUGGAUGUGCCUCUCUUGA